AUGUUAAUUGGUGUAAGUGGUACGAAAUUUUGCGGAUGCGAAGAUGUUAUUAACAUGUUGGUUGAUCAUUUUCAUUUUGAAUUACUCAAUCACCUAGAUAAUCCAGAGGAGAUAUUAGAUUAUGCUACGAAAAAUUACACAAAAAAUUCAGUUAUAUUCCUAGAAAAAUUAUCAUUACUGGAGAAACUGGAAAAGAGACCAUUUUUUGUUCAUCUUUCUAUCGACGCUCCUGUCACUACAAGGGUAGCAUUAUACAGGAAAACGACUCAAGCAGAAAGCUUAUCAUUAGAACAAAUAAUACAAGCCAUUGAUCAACAUGACUUUCAGCCUGAAGGCAUCAAAUUAAGGGAGAAAUCCCAUUUGAGAUUUAAAAUAGUUAAUGAGGACCGCAGAGGAAGGAGACAGAGCUUGAUUAAUAACAUUACCACACAAUUAAAGAUUCUCGAUGACAAAGAGAAACAAAUGGCUCCAUUAAUGAGGCCUAGUUGGGAUAGCUAUUUUAUGAAGUUAGCCACACUAGCAGCAUCUCGUUCCAAUUGCAUGAAACGUAGAGUUGGUUGCGUGAUUGUGAGAGAAUGCAGAGUGAUUGCUACUGGCUAUAAUGGGACUCCUCGACAUUUAACAAAUUGUUUCAAUGGCGGUUGCCCACGUUGCAAUGACGGUGAUUCUAGAAAUCUGCACACUUGCUUAUGCUUACAUGCAGAAGAGAAUGCACUACUGGAAGCUGGCAGGGAUCGUGUAGGUCAAAAUGCGACCUUAUACUGUGAUACUUGCCCUUGCUUAACAUGUUCUGUAAAGAUUGUUCAAACAGGCAUCAGUGAAGUAGUUUAUAGCCAAAGUUAUAGAAUGGACGAGGAAAGUUUCAAGGUCUUGAAGAAUGCGGGAAUAACCGUCCGGCAAUUCAGCUUUACGGAAGAACCAAGAAUUGUGAUGAUUUAA